AUGUAUCUACUAGACCUCCUAUAUGCUUAUCUUAUAGGUGGUGUGACCUUCAUUCCAUUACUCAUAUUUGCCUUCGUCUACCUACAUCCGAAACAACCUCCUGUUUGUGAAGAGUAUGAGAGCCUUAAAGCCGGAGAGAUUGAGGAGGAUAAUCUGUCCGGUCUCAAUGCCUAUAAGCAAGGAUGGAUCACCGUAACGCAUGAGUUUUUGGAAUCCCCUGACCAGAUUAGCUCGUCGACACAGCUGGUAGCUGAUUCUCAGGAAGGCAAGCUGGCCUACGCGUCGUUAUACAAACUAGUAAAGAAUUCCAAUGCAAAGACAAAAGAAUCAAAUGGUGAAAAGGCGGUAGUAAGUGACUCAGAAGCAUCAUCUAUGACGCUUACCCCCGGCGCAAGCACACCUACAAAAGGCGCUAGCAAGAAGCACCGCUACUACGCUGUGUUGAAGCAUGGUAACCUAUUCUUGUAUAAGGACGAAGUACUCAAAGAUGUCAAGCAUGUUAUUGUCCUUUCAAAUUAUCUUGUGUCAUUGUGGCCUCGCAAUAUUACUGAGGGACUGUUGUUCACCAAGUAUUCAUCGAUUGCGAUAUUGCGUAAGGACUGGCAUAGGAAAAGAAGGCUUUCAGACAAUGUUGCAUCCAUGGACGACUCUGAAUGGGAAGACAGCGAUAAAAUCACCCUUCAGGAUGUCUUGAACAAGAAAUCUGGUCUCCCUGCUCCCCCUGGAUCAUUUUUCAUCUACACUGAUUACAACAUAGACAAAGAGGACUGGUAUUUCGCCUUGAUGAAAGCAUCAAAGUGUGAUUCGGAUAUACCAGCUGCACUUGAUCCCAAAGUCCAAGCUAAAACUUUGCAUUUUGAGACAAAACACAUGAUGAGCUUGAUUCAGACUCUUUACAGUGCUGAGGGCCAAUUGCAUACUAAGUGGUUCAAUGCCAUAAUUAAUCGAUUGUUUCUUUCUCUUCAGCAUACCGACGUGAUGCAAAAUUACUUGAUAUCUAGAAUUGAAAAGAAACUUAAUAAGAUGAAAACACCAGGUUUCCUUGACAAGUUUCAAAUCACUAAGGUUCGCGCUGGCCAUGGGGCUCCUUUUAUAACCUUCCCGGUUCUAAAGGAGAUAAAUCCUGAGGGGGAUUUACUUGCUUCCUUUUAUGUUCAUUACUUUGGAGAGAUGUCCGUUCAAUUAGCCACCAAGGUCAAUAUCAAUUUGGGCUCCAGAUUCAAACCAAGAGAGGUUGACGUUCUUUUAUCAAUGACACUUGAAAAGCUUCAAGGGCCGAUGUUGAUCAAGAUUAAGCCACCACCAUCUGCAAGAAUGUGGUACACGUUUGAGAGGGAGCCCUCAAUGAGCAUUAAAAUCGAACCUGUGAUUAGCUCCAGGCAAAUGUCCUACAAUAUCAUUACAAAUUCCAUUGAAAAAAAACUCAAGGAAGCGGUGAGGACAUCUUUGGUAUUGCCUCAUUGGGAUGACUUCAUUUUCUACAAUACUGAGGAUGAGCUCGUGAGGGGGGGAGUAUGGGACAAAGAAUUUAGAAGGAGGCAAACAGAACACAGUGAUGGUGAGGACAAGAAUAAGCCAGUUCUGUCCAAGGCCGAAACUAAUAGUCUCUCUCGCGGUGAUGCUGAGCUGACUACUUCGGGACUGGCUAUUUCUACUAAUUCAGCGACCCAGGAUGUGGAAAGCUUAGUCGGAACCAAAGCCGAUCUUUCGGGUGACAGUCCAGUCCAGGUGAAUCUGACGAAGGGUAGGUUGAGCUCGACCAUCAAUGAUCUUUCUAAAAGACUAAGGAAAGCGAAGUCUACACACACUUUGGGUGUUGACGAAACUAACUGCCUAUCUGAUGGCUCGCUAGUUGAACGUUCCGUUUCAGAAACACCUAGUGUCAAGGGUGUGAUGAUGGAGGAGUCUGAAUCUCUAGCGUCCAAUGAGUCCAAAGGAACAACACUCCGCAGACUAGGCAAGUGGUAUUACAAGGAUGACAAAGUUGAGGAUAGUAAACCAUACCACCCCCCAGAGAUGAUUACGAAUCGCCGACCUAAUAGGAAGCAAUCAUCUGCAAGUCAAACCUCUGACAGUGAUAAAUACCUUUCCGAAAAUCACUCUGCACCCCCGAGCACUGGCUUCUCCUUCGAUUUUGGCUCCGAGGAACCGGAGCCUAUUCUCACCGGUCAGCAGCCUACAUCACUCAGAAAGCCUUCUACUAGCGUAUCAUCAGUUCUUGGGAUAAAAAGUGACGCACUUGAGGACAAACCUCUAAACGUGGAGCCACAAGAGGGUUUACCCUUUCCUGCGCUAUCGAGUCAGCCUACAACUACAAUCACCUGA